CGGAACGAGGACUUGUAGUAGAAGUAGGAGGAGUCUGUUUGUUGACAUCAGACGAAAACGAAAAUCAGAUGAGCGAAUAUUGGUGAUAAUAACUCCGUUUUUCGCUUUUAUCAAGACCCCAAGCCUCGGCGAAAGCUGAGGUCCCCUGCACUGCCUAGUCUUGGAUCUGAGCCAGAGAAGAAGAGACUAAUAUGGCAGCUAAAGCAGGAGACAACCCCGACAGCCUCAUGACUCUGGCGACAGUAUUCUGCCUGAGGAACCUCCGAAAGACGAUGUGCUAUCAGGGUUUGAGGAAUAAGCUGUGCUUGCGCUCAGACAUCUUUCUCCCCAGUGAAAUCUGUGACAAAUUAGUCAACGUGUACAUGGAGUUGGUCCAUACAGACAGUAACUUUGAGUCAGAGGAAAGCUUCUUCCAACUAUUCUCAGAACCUAGUAGCACCAGACUUACCAGGGUUCAACUGAAAGAAGACUUUGUCCGUGACAGACACUUAGAAGCUAUAAGAAAACAGGACCUAAUUGAGCUUCACCUUACCUACUGCAACAGUCUAUCAUCCCGCAGUUUGAAAACACUGACCUGCUUCCGUGAGACGCUGGUCUCUCUUUGUCUCUUUGGCUGCAGUAACAUAUUCUACAGGAAGGCCGGCUAUGCAGAUACGGAAGAUGACGAGGAAGAUAGCCAUGUUUCUAGGCAGGGAUUAGAGACGGACUUUAACUUUCAGGGGUUUAACCGCCUGCGGUUGCUCAACCUUGGUGGACUACCAGAUGAGGUGCAUGCUGAGACCCUGCUUAAACCCCUGAAGUCGCUCACCUCAUUAGAUCUGUCGAACGUGCAGUUACUGGGAACAGCUUUUCUAACUCAGUGGAAAGAUAGGCUGGCAUCUCUUGUUCUCUACAAUGUGGACCUUACAGAUGAGUUGGCCAAUACUGUGGUGGAACUUGUCAAUCUCAGGCAUCUUGAUAUCUCACGCGAGAGUCGGAGGACCUCCAAAUUUCAGAUGACCAGAAAAAUCCUGACGGCUAUCGUUCAGCGACUGGUCAAUCUUGUUUCACUGGACAUCUCAGGUCACAUCAUGAUUGAGAACUGCACAGUUCCGCACUUAGAAGAAGCUAUGGGCCGACCAAGUAUUGAGCCAUGCAAGAGCAGCAUCUACCCUUUCCAAGAGCUGAAGAGGCCCCUGCAGUUUUUAGGUUUAUAUGACACAACCCUUUGUAAUGUGACACACAUCCCUGCUUAUAAGGUGACUGGAUCAAAGAAUGAAGACCAAGUCCUGAAUGCUAUUGAAGCUUACACUGAGUUUCGCCCUGAAUUAGCCCACAGAGCCAUCAAUCAAUUGUUUGACAUCGCUAGGAUACAACACUGCGUCCAGCUGCUCCGGGCGUUGCAGCUUGUCAUUGCGGCAUUGAAGUGCCAUAAAUAUGAUAAGAGCAUCCAGGUGACGGGUAGCGCUGCUCUCUUUUACCUGACAAACACAGAUUACCGUAAUGACCAAAGUGUGAGGCUUCGCCAAGAGGUCAUUCGAGUUGUUUUAAAUGGAAUGGAGCAGUACCAGGAGGUCACUGUUCAAAGGAACUGCUGCUUGACUCUGUGCAACUUCAGUAUUCCCGAGGAGCUGGAGUUUCAGUAUAGUCGGGUCAACCAGCUGCUGCUAAAAAUCCUAGAGCCGGCAAGGCAAGAUGAAUCCAUCCAGAGAAUCGCUGUGCAUCUCUGCAAUGCCUUAGUCUGCCAGGUUGACAACCACCAUAAGGAAGCUGUGGGGAAGAUGGGUUUUGUUAAGACAAUGUUGAACUUAAUACAGAAGAAGCUGCAGGAUCGAAUGUGUGACCAGGUGAUGGAGUUUUCUUGGAGUGCUCUGUGGAAUAUUACUGACGAGACUCCAGACAAUUGUCAAAUGUUCCUCAAUUGUCGGGGAAUGAGCCUGUUCUUGGACUGUCUGAAAGAGUUUCCAGAUAAGCAGGAGCUACAUCGCAACAUGCUGGGCCUUCUGGGUAAUGUCGCCGAGGUCAAAGCACUUCGACCGCAGCUUGUCACGCCACAGUUCAUCUCUGUUUUCAGUAACCUACUAGACAGUAAGGCCGAUGGGAUUGAGGUAUCAUACAAUGCAUGUGGCGUACUUUCCCACAUCAUGUUUGAUGGACCAGAACUUUGGGCGAUGGAAGAGCCAUUAAGAGACACCGUGAUGGACAAGAUGUGGGAUGCCAUUCAGAGCUGGGACGUAAGCUCACGUCGCAACAUCAACUACAGGUCAUUCGAACCCAUCUUGCGACUUCUGCCUCAAAGUAUCGCACCUGUUAGUCAACACUGGGCCACGUGGGCGUUGUACAAUCUGGUGUCAGUUUACCCAAGCAAAUACUGUCCCUUGCUGAUUAAAGAAGGAGGAAUUGGACUUCUGGAGAGAGUUUUGGAGUUGGAAAGCUCGCAGCCCGAGACUAAAGACAUGGCCCAGAAAGUGAUGGAGCAGUGUGAAAGCUUCAAAGAUGACCCCAUGGAAACCAACCACGCACAGGAGGUCAACUACGGACAAAGAGGUUGAUAGCGCCGAGCUUGGAUUCCAGGCAAACAUCAAGCAAACCAACCUUAAGCUCCUCGUCAUCACCGCAAGGGUCAACGUGUGCAUUUUUCUUCUUAUCGUGAUUAGUUUUCUUUUGUCGGCAGAACUUUGCCUCUGACCCUUUCCGCAACAGUAUAUGACGUUUAGGGGUUAAGACACGGUGCAUGGUGUUUUUCCCUUUGCUGCUUCUAAGCGUCUCCUCUGUUGGGAUGGGCCUCGCGGGUUUGGGUGACCGUUAUCGCUCGGUGUGUGUUUUGUGAAAUAUUUCUCGAUAGGACAUAGCAGCUGGAUUGAUGCUUGAUUCCCAGUGGAAGGAAACAGACACGCCCCGCAAGGUGGAGGUUAAAAGGUCAGGCGUUGUCACGUAACUGUGAAAGUGGCCGACCUCUCCUAUUAGCUCACGGAGCUGUGGUCGCAUCUACAGUGAAGAUGAGGCAAUAUGCAAGAAGGCUGACGUUGGCUUGAGGGAAGACUGCAGAGAAACUUUUUUGUUAGAUAUGUAAAUAUUUUUUGUCCCUUUUACUGUGCGUUUGUUUUAUAAUAUAAUUGUAAGCACCUAAGAUUCUACCCUCUAUUUAAAAAUUUUCAGGUCAGGCUGACAUAUUUUCAGUGCAUACUCAAUCACUCAACUGUAAUUGUAAAGGAUCAUUUGGGUUUCUCUCUGUAGGAAGGCUGUCCUUCUGACAUUGACGUUAACUUGACAUUCGUCGCUUAAAAAGUCAGCGAGGAGUUAUGACGUCAACAAAACAUCGUCGUCCCAUCAGCUUGUUCGUAAGCAGGUGGUUUGUCAGCAUUGUGUAAGACACAAUUGUGCCCCUUUAGAUAUAAACGGUGAGAGGAAUAGUGUUAGGAAAUCUUGUGGGGUUUGAAAAAUGGCUUUUUUGGACUAUAAGUCGCACCAGUACGUUAAUACAUUAUGACGAAG